AUGUUUGUUCUAUCAGAAAUGAAAGAUGUAAUUCGUGUUACUCCGGACCAUUUCCACCAAAGCCUCUCAGAAUCUAUUUCCACAUUGUUGAAUAGAAAGCUAGCUAAUAAGGUAGUUUUGAAUAUAGGAUUAUGCAUAGCAUUAUUUGAUAUAACACACAUUGGCCACUCAUUUAUAUUUCCCGGAGAUGGAUCUUCACAUACUGAAGUUAAGUUCAGGUACAUAGUUUUCAGGCCUAUAGUUGAGGAAAUCCUUAUAGGCAAAAUUAGAAGUUGCAGCAGGGAUGGUGUGCAUGUGACAAUGGGAUUUUUCGAUGAUAUUUUAAUACCUGUAAAUGCACUUCAGCAUCCCUCGAGAUUUGAUGAAGCAGACCAAGCUUGGGUAUGGGAAUACCCUAAAGAGGACGGAGAGAAACAUGAUUUAUUUAUGGAUUCAGGUGAAUCAAUUAGAUUUAGAGUAACAAGUGAAGCUUUUGAAGAAAUAUUACCAACAGGACCACCGGGCUCGGAAUGUACAACACAGAAUACUGCACCAUACAGAUUAAUUGGUAGUAUAAAUGAGCCAGGGUUAGGUUUGUUAACCUGGUGGGAAGCACCUGACCAAGACGAAGGCCAAGAUGAUGAUGAUGAUGAUGAUGGUGAAGAAAAUGUUGAAUAA